GCUGUUUCCGUCUCCAUUCCUUUGGCAGAGCAGCUUCCCCUCAUCGCCCGUGUUGGCUCGCCCUAUUCCUGGUCGUUCUCCAAGGACACAUUCUCGUCCUCCAAAAACUCUACGUUUACCUUGGCUGCCUCUUCCUUGCCCGACUGGCUCUCGCUGGAUCCUGGAACGGGGACACUUCAUGGCACUCCAGCAGCCGAAGACGAAGGCGCGCGAGCGAUAUCUAUCACAGCAACCGAAGACGGCUCGGGCGAUAUAGCUACAUCAAAGUUCACGCUAUGCGUAACGUCCUCCCCUCCUCCGGUUCUGAACAUUCCCGUCCAAGACCAGUUCCGCAAGGCUAACCCUUCUCUGUCCUCCGUAUUCCUGCCUGCCCAGGGCUCGGCUCUGAGCGCUUCUCGACCGGCUCUGCGCAUCCCGGAAGGGUGGUCCUUCUCCAUCGGCUUCGAGUACGGUACCUUCAAUUCCAGCGGGGAUCUCUAUUACGCAGGCCUACAGUCGGAUGGCUCCCCGCUGCCCUCCUGGGUCCGCUUCAACUCGAGGCAAAUCACAUUCGAUGGUGUUACUCCGUCGUCUCCUAAGAAUGCGUCCCGGUCGUUCUCGCUGGCUCUCCACGCGUCUGACCAGGAAGGGUACUCUGCUGGAUCCCAAGCAUUCGACAUUGUCGUCUCGACUUAUGAGCUGUCUCUGUCCCACUCUAGCCUGCCCACCAUCAAUAUCACCGCCUCGACCCCUUUUAGUGUGGACUUCUCCUCCCCAGCCGACUUUACGGGCGUCAGCGUGGACGGGAAUCCUAUCCAGCCUGCGGAUAUACAAGACUUGGCUGUUGACGUUUCUCAGUACUCUUAUUGGCUGCAUUACGACCAGACAACGAGGACGUUAAGUGGCGAACCCCCGGACCAGUAUGGCGAAUCGAAGGCUGGGCCGGUACUUCCUGUCAAGUUGACGACCAUCUUCAACCAGACUAUCUACACUAACGUCUCUCUGGCGGUUGUACCGUCGUUCUUCUCCACGUCGGAUCUUAAUCCUUUGCUUAUCCAGCUGGGAACACCGUUCACGUUCGACCUGGUCCAGUACUUCUCCAACGAGACCACUGUAGGCAUCCUCGGCAGUAACGAUGUGGACCUCUCAGCGUCGUUCGACCCCGCUGAGGCAGAUCAGUACCUCGAGUUCGACGCGGACAAGGGUGUGCUGGCUGGCAACGUCCCCCAGGAUAUCUCUGACUCGGACUAUGCGCAAGUGGGCGUGACCUUCACCGCGUACUCGCACAUCACCCACUCGACGUCCCACACGAGCAUGAACGUCUCCUGGUCGCUGGAUCAGUACAAGCACGAGCACGCAACGCCGACGCCCGGGUUGUCCAACGCUGCGCACGCGAAGCUUCUGCUCGCCUUGGAGAUUACGUUCGGUAUUAUCGGCGGCGUCGUCUUGACGGGUGUUCUCCUCGCUGGUCUCAGGCAAUGUACGAAAGUCGAGGACACCGCGCUGCUAGGCGUGGAAGCCGAGCGUGCACUGUCGGAGAAGGACAAGCAGUGGUACGGCCUCGAGGUCGAGCAGGGCGAAGAUGGCUACGGCUGGAGCGACGGGAAGCGCUUCGACAUCGUCAACUUCGCGCACGCCGACGUGCCCGCGCACGAGGGCGUGGACUCCGCGCCGAUCCGCGGCGGCGGGUACGGGAGCCUCCGCCGCGUCCUGACCAGACUUGGUUCGCCCGGCGCGUCGAGCGUGCUGUCGCACAAGUGGAGCCCGCGGAGCAGCGUCAUGCGGAAGGACGAGUUCAUGGGCCGGCUGCGCGCGACGGUGCGCCAGGUGAGCGACCGGUGCCGCCGGGGCGCGCCGCGACCGACGAUAUCGAAGCCGACGCUGGUGUCUGCGCCGCCGGGGGUCGAGCAGAUGGAGGGGCUGCCGAGCGUGCAUGGGCCGCGGUUCGAUGGGGGGGUUGGGGUGGGCAUUAUGGGCCAUCUGAGGAAUUCGGUGAUGUCGCUGGGCCGGUCGGUGUCGUCUUCGAGCAAUGGGACGGCUGGAAACCGGUCCAUCCCGCGACGGAGAGCGGAUUUCGUUCCUCCUGGGAGGGAAGAUACUGGGAUCCUGGCUGUGCCUGCGAAUUCGGUCGACUCUGUCGCGAGCUCGGCGAGCUAUGAAGGGGACGCGGUUGUGCAGACCGCCACGAAGGCGAUGAGCGUGCGGAGCGCGCGGAGCGUCAGCGGGAUCUCGUACCUCUCGCAGCCGGAAGGCACGCCCGUCGUCGGCGGCGCGCGGCCCAGGUUGGUGCCGUUCACGAGCGCCGCGCGCGUCCCGGUGCCCACUCUCCCGCCGAUGAGCCCGAAGGUGACGAAGGUGGCGAGCCCGCCGAAGCGCGUGGCGAGCCAGAAGGCGGACGUGCUCAUCUCGCCGGGGGACAGCGGCGACGACCUGGAGCUCGGGGUGCAGUACGUGCGCGCUCUGGGCGAGGAAACAAACAGUACCGUGAAUACGCCGCGCGGCGCGAACGUCGUCCCGCGCGUGCUUUUGCGGUGCGGGGAGUCGUUCCGGUUCGUCGUGCCCAUCGCUAGUGCGCAGGGGCGGCUGGUAGCAAGGAUGCGGGAUGGGAGCGGGGCGAUGGCGCCGCCGUUUUUGCGGUACACGCUCAAGGCGAAUGGGCUGGGGAGGGGGAAGGAGGCGGUGGAGUUCUGGGGGACGCCGGGGGUGGAUGAUUUGGGCGAGGUGGCGGUGGGGGUGUAUGGAGCUGGGGCGGUGUGUGUGGGGAGGGUGGAUGUGGAGGUUGUGAGGCGC